AUGGAACACGAUUUCGUGGAUUAUACUAGCAAGAGCCUUGAGUUCAGACCUGAAAUCCUCAAUUUCAAGGCGAUUAAAAGUCGCCGACCUCGCGCAGCGAUGAGCAAAUUCCUGAAUCGGCACUUGCACCCUGGGCUCCAGCUUACCCCAGAUCAGCCCAUGGUGAUCAAUGGCACCACUGCUGCCGCUGAGCAGAUUGUCUAG